UUAAAGAUAUUCUGUGUUAUCAUGAUUAGAGUCUAAGAGCCUGCUGCCUCUUGAUCUUUGCUACCUGUGGAGCAUGGACUGGGGAUUUAAAGCAGCAGCCCUGAAGAGACCUGAACCCUAAGCAGAGCUGCCUCCACCCUUUAACCCAUGUGACUCUGCCUGUGACAACCCCGCCCAUCUUCACUGGACCCAAAUCAGGAGCCAGGCUGUGGGGGUACCUGGUGGUGGUGAUGCUGUCAGGGGAGGAGCCCAUAUUUGAAUGUGAGGGGCCAAUGCACUGUCGGACAGAGGCAGUGAAGAAGCAUUGAUUGAAGCAAGAUUUUCUUGGUCUCAGACUUUCAGGGAGCCAAGAAAGACACUCUGGAGACCGCCAUGGACAGCCUCCUGAUGAACAAGAGGAAGUUUCUUUACCACUUCAAAAACGUCCGCUGGGCUAAGGGUCGGCAUGAGACCUACCUGUGCUAUGUGGUGAAGAGGCGGGACAGUGCCACUUCCUUUUCACUGGACUUCGGUCACCUGCGCAACAAGUCGGGCUGCCACGUGGAGUUGCUGUUCCUCCGCUACAUCUCCGACUGGGACCUGGACCCGGGCCGGUGCUACCGCGUCACCUGGUUCACCUCCUGGAGCCCCUGCUACGACUGCGCCCGGCACGUGGCCGACUUCCUGCGAGGGAACCCCAACCUCAGCCUGAGGAUCUUCACCGCGCGCCUCUACUUCUGCGACGAGGACCGCAAGGCCGAGCCCGAGGGGCUGCGGCGGCUGCACCGCGCGGGCGUCCAGAUCGCCAUCAUGACCUUCAAGGAUUACUUUUACUGCUGGAAUACUUUUGUAGAAAAUCAUGAAAAAAAUUUCAAGGCCUGGGAAGGGCUGCAUGAAAAUUCAGUUCGUCUCUCCAGACAGCUUCGCCGCAUCCUUUUGCCCUGUAUGAGGUGA